GAAGUCCUGGCCAUUCGUUAGGUUGCACUUUCAUGGAGCCCUACUCAAACCACAGCACAAGUGGAAAAUCCAUUGAGAAAGAUAAAAAAAAACCCCAUCUUCUUUCAAAGCUAUCAUUUUCUCUUCAGAACUUCCAGUCUAGCAGUUUAAUCACUGACAAACUUUUUUUGAGGGAAGAUUUUUGCUUUCCUCUAAACAUAUAUUAUAAAUAUAACUUAGAAAAACAAAACUAAUUAGCAAUGAAAUUGAGAGUUGGCAUCUUUUUUGGAGGCUUAUUUGGAGCUCUAGGAAUUUUGUUCUUUUUGGUUGCCUUUGGAACGGACUAUUGGCUUCUUGCUACAGAAGUUGGAAGGUGUUCAGAAGGUCUGAAUGACACCAGGGAAGAGAAAAUUACUUUCCACCAUGAGGGUUUCUUCUGGAGAUGCUGGUUUGAUGGGAAUGUAGAACAGAAUGCUAACAGCAUGUCGAGGUUUUGGUACACAAACCAGUCACCUACUAAAAACUGCACCCAUGCCUAUCUUUCUCCAUUUCCUCUCUUCAGAGAUGAGCACAAUUCAACUGCCUAUCACUCGGCGAUUAUUUAUCGAGGUUUCUGGUCUGUUAUCAUGCUGCUGGGAGUGGUUACUGUGGUCGUUGCCAGCUUCUUCAUAAUCUGUGCUGCACCGUUUGGUAGUCACGUGCUCUACAAAGCAGGAGGAGGCUUUUUCAUCACUGCUGGUAUUUUGUUCACACUGGUUGUUAUGCUGUAUGUCAUCUGGGUCCAGUCAAUGGCUGAUCUCAAAAACUAUGCGAUUAUGAAGAAAAUAGACUGUCCUGGUUUUUCUGUCUCUGUGCGCUAUGGCUGGUCUUUUAUAUUGGCUCCAGUUGGAAUAUUUUUUGCUAUGUUUUCAGGAAUGCUGUUCCUUCUGGUAGGACGUACAAUCUAUCUGCACCCUGAUUAAUCAGAUGUUUGAGAUACUGGAAUUAUGGUGAAGUUUUGCUGAAAAACUAUUUUUAUACCAUAUUAUCCUUCUUAUAGCAGAGUGUUUGCUGGUGCUAUUCUAGAUCUGCUUAGGGUGCUAGUGCAAUCCCAUCCAUGUCUACUCAGAUAUAAGUCCUGUUGAGUUCAGUGGGACUUAUUUCCAGGUAAGCAUUUAUAAGAUUGGAGCCUCAGUUACAUAUCCUUGUCAUAAAGGAAUAAUAAUCUAAUUUAGACUUUUCAAAUUCCUUCAGAUCUUGAUGAAUUGGUUGCAACACAUAAGAUAUUUUGCAACUUUAUAUCUCUAUGUUCAACACACUGGGGGAUGGAUACAAAUACGAAAUCAUGUAAGAAUUACCCUUCCAGUAUUUGCCUAAUCCCUCGUACCAUGCUUCCAGCAAGGCCAAAACCAUUGCCCCACAUCUGCCACAAGUCACCUCUUCCAGUAAAAACACUUUGCUCAUCUUAGCAAUGGCUCCUUUUUCUUGAUGUAAGAUUGAGUUCCUCCAUCCUUGGAGACUUCUUCCAAGGGGAGAGUCUCUGUGCUUAAAUAGGAAUAGUCAUUGUCAGUAACAGAGGGGCAAGUGUUAAAACUGGCUAGGUGAGUGCUGUAUCUUGCCUUGCUGGGAGCAUAAGGCAAAGCAAAGCAAAGGUCAAUGAUAUAAGGGGGUGCCCAUCCACAAGCAGUUGCAUUGCUUCCUGCCAUCUUCUGUGGAUAAUCUAAGCAAGAGCAAGUUUGAUUAUGUGCAUUUCCUCAUUAAGAAAGUAAAUGUGUGAACUGGUCCGGAGAGAACUGCUUGUGCAGAACAGAACAAAUGUGCCAUAGAGUACAUUAAUCGCCCUUUCUUUCAGUAUGUGGCAUUAGCUUUAAUAUGAACAAAUAUUUCUGCUCGUAAAAAUAGAGGACAGUUGUCCAUGUAUUGCUUUAGCCAAUGUGGCAGUAGUACAGAAGACAAUGUCAAUGCAAUAGUGCUUUGAUGCUGCUAUGAAUAUGUAACUGUUUGUAUGCUUUCACGUGGUCCAAAUCAUAAACAAUCAGUGUAACAGAACUGGAAAGUUUAUGGGUCAUCUAGUCCAGUCCUCUGUGAAUGCAGUUUUUUUCCUGGGCUUCACAGCAAUGCAUGCUUUUCUGUUGUCUAUUAUAGGGUAUUUAUUUUAUUAUUAUUUACUUUCCCCUGUACUUUAUGGCUUGACUCCUUUGGUCAAUUUCUGUCCAUCAGUCACCUUUUUGUGGCCAACCUGGUCUCUUCUUUUGGCAUACAAGAAAAUCUGGGAACACUGCAAUAAAUGUGUAGAACCUCACCACAUGAAAAGGGUGAUGAGAUGGCAUCUGUAACCUCGGACCAUAUGAGAAACUUGCCAUUCCCACAUGUGGCUGCUUGGGAAUUUGAAGCAGGAAAUAAUAGGUGAUAGGGCCUUUCCACAUUAGCUCGAGACUAUAGAUAACUGCAGCUUCUGCAUAGUUAAUCUCUCCCCCGCCCCACAUCUAUAAGAGGCUAGUGGGGAAAUAGCCCUGCCUUGCAGUCUGGGCUCGUGUUGACACCCGGAGUCUUAGGGCACCUGCCCAGGGCUGAGUGUGCCUGCCCUACCCCUCCCAUUUUUUUCUGGCCCAUUUUUUAGCUACCCUUUUAAUUUCCCACAAUGCCCCCAAUGUCACAUUUAAAGGGCAGCCAGAGCUUGCUGUUCAGUGCUGUUGGAAGGCUGCCAUGACAACCAGAUAAGCUCACCAGGGCUCACUGACAGAGAAGGGUUCUCAUCAGAGCACACUUUGCCCAGGGGCUCUUCAAACCCGGAGCCCUCCUUGCUGUGUUCAACUACAUGGUACUUGGCAGCCCUCUGAGUUUUAUGAUACUGCAUUUACCCAGUUUCUUAUUAAAAGCAGCUAAAGAGAGAAAGACUUUCUGUAAGUUUACUGAGUAAUUUGUUCUAUAGUCUACACUUCUUACAGUAACGUUCCUGAUAGUGAGCCUAUGUCUGCUUCACUAGACUAUAAACCCAUCCUCUAGAUUCCCUACUCCCUUCCUGUAAUGGUACUGGGUAUUUAUUUAUUUAUUUAGAAAACUGAUAAACCACUUGAUCAAAGAGUUAUCGAGGUGGAGUACAAAUAAAAUAAAUUUGUAUGAUGACUUACUUGUACAGAAAUGUAUGAAAGUCCUAUGACCCAGUCUAAGAGUUCCCUGCAGCUCCAGCCCUCACCCUCUCAAUGCUGACUCCCUGUGAAGUGACUGGGAAAGCUACUUGCACAGAAGUUCUACCUGUGUGCACAGAGCUUCAGAUCAGGGGCAGCUUCAUAUUUAUUGCACAAUCUACCCCAGGAGAAAGUGAUUAACAACUGUGAAGUAGGCCGAAUCUACGUCCUGAAAAAAAUGGACAGAUAAAAUGUUUCUGUCAACAUUUACCAGCAAUAUAUGAUAAUUGGACUUCAUUACAAAUAAAUAUAUAUAUUUGACAUACGUUUUAUAUGAAAAAUGCCUGUAUAUAUUGUUUUUUUUAAAAAUAAAAAAGUUAAUUAAGAAAAUAGUGAAAACAAAUCUUUUUUCCUUAGCGCCCCAACUGAAGCUGAAUUCCAUUGUUUUAGCACAACCUGCCACUUAGUGUGGAUGGGUCCUUUAUUUUAGUUCUUCUGUUUAUAUCCUCCCCUCUCUCCCUCCCGUCCCCCUAUGGACCUCCAAGCGACAUACAUAGUAUCCCAGGCCAUUUCCCAUUCAGCCACUGACCACAUCCAGACAUAAGUUGUUUUGUUUUGUUUAAAUAUUUAUGGAUCACACUUUCAUAUAAAAUUAUUACAAGGUGGCAUACAGUCUAAAAACACAAUACUGCAGUUAAAAACAAUAAGCAUAUCCAUCAAAGUUUUGUUGCCUCCCUGCCUUCAGAUCAUUCCCUGGGACGUACUGAUUGCUCUGGGCAAACAGGCAAGUGGCAAGCUACAUUUCCUUCUGCUACAGCUGUUUUUACCUGCCACCCUCCCUUCUGUCACUGUUGCAGUGCUACCCCAGUAAAAUACAAUAACAAUAAAUAAAUAUCAAACAAUUUGCUACCUUUUCAUGACAACCAAAUCAGCUGCCCUUAUGUAGACUGGGGGAUGAGUGGCUGCCACCACCACCUUAUGAUAUGAAGGUUGUAGCCCUUUUUAUCUGCAGAAAUGUUAGACGUGGGCUGUUUACUGGCACAAAAUUUGGUGGCUGUUAUCCUGCACUAUCUAGUGCAACUAUCCUGUCACUUUUUUCACUGCAAAAAAUACGGUCAGAAAAGUGAUGUAAAAUUGCACUGAAAAGUGCUGGAUAACUGGGAACGUCCUAUAACCGCAGGCGCAGGACAAAUGCUUAAUAUAAAGACAAUGCCUUAUAACCUCUGUGCAAGUUUUGUGCCAAUAUGUCAACCUGAAUGCCCAAUAAACAACCAGUCUGGAAGCGCUCUCUGUUAUUUUUCUUAGAUACCUUGUACACCUGUUAACAUGAGAACAUGGGCUCCUGCUGGGAGGAAGGGCAGAAUAUACAUCUAAUAAAUAAAUAAACAUAAGAAGAGCCCUGCUGGAUCUGGCCCAUGGCCCAUGAAGUCCAGCACUCUGUUUUCACAGUGGACUGACCAACUAGAUGUUUAUGGGAAGCCCAGAAGCAGGAUGUGAACAGUUUGAUCGAUCUUCUUUCCUUGGUGUGUGAUCAGGACUUGAAAGCCUAUAUAAAACAAGCAACAUUCUUGGCCCAUUCCAGUAUAACAUUUUGCGCUUAUCAAUCUUUGGUUCUUUUUUUACAGCCUGAAAGGAUCUUGUGAGCAUCUAUGCAUGGUCUGUGCUGUCAGCAAUUUGCAUGGAAGCUACUUCUCCAUGUAAAUUAUCCACAGUCAAAUGCCAUGAACUGCAUCAGACAAAUGUUUAGAAUCCUACAUACAGAUCCAUACAGGGGGCAAAAAAAGACAAUUCACAUGUAACAUAAACACAUGUUUGCACUGGUAGGGUUACUUAAAAAAAAAACUGAUUCCUUGUCAUGAAUGAAAAGAAAUGAAAUGUUAGAAUUGGCUGAAAAUGUUACAUCCAAUGUUAAGGCAUACCCCAGAACAAUUGGUGCAGCCUGUUCCUUGCCAAGUGGUUUCUCCAGUUAGGAGUCCAUUUCUAGGUUUUAUUCUGUCACAACCGCUUUGGUGGACAUCCAGGUCUUGUCAGGGCAGGCCCAGAUGUGAAAUCAUGAAAAGAGAAGGCAGAGAUGGGGAGUGCCUAACCAGCAUUAUGCUUGGGUGGGAAGGGCCGUACCUCACAUGCUUUGAAUGUAGAAGGUCCCAAGAUCAAUCCCCGGCAUCUCCAAGUAGGGCUGGGGGGGGGAAUCCUGCUUAAAACCCUGGAAUUCUGGCAGUCGCUAUGUCGACAAUACUGAUCUAGACAGACCAAAAGGCUGAGUCAGGAUAAAGCAGCAUGCUAUGUUUCCCCCCACUUCCCCCAAUGUUGCCCAUCAUCCCCUGCAACAUGGCAAGCACAUGUCUGGAACUCUGACUUGGGGAAAAACUGGCUAGUGAGGAGAGGGCUAAAUACCUCUUUUCUGCCCUGUGUUUUUCUGUUUUAAUUUAUGUUUUCCAACUGCCACUUCUAAAUGUUUCAGCAGAGACUUGCGUUCUUAGACCCAGGUUUCUGUCAAACAUGCCAUUUGGCCUGUAGUAUCUCAUAAAAGAUGUGGUCGCUUUCCCAGCCUGUUUCUUGAAAUGUCCAAGUAGAUGUUUUAGCCUUGCCAUAGGUAGUGGGAGCAACUACCUUCUGGGAGAUUUAGUUGUGAAUAUUUAUUUUAUUUAUUUAUUUAAUUAAUUAAUUUAUACCCAGUCUUAUGGCCAAAAGGCCCUCAAGGUGGCUUACAAGAAAAACACAAAUACAGGAAUACAUCUAUAAAACAAUACAAUUUACAAAAUUAAAUAACAAAUAACAUUAUUAAAAAAAACAGCAAUUACAAAACUUCCAAUGAAAAUACAGUGUGGUGCAGGCGCCUGGAGCGGCAGAAACAUCUCAGGCUACCCCCAACAAAGCUGAAUAUGGGUGCCAGUCUAUUAGUGAUAAAUUGUUUUAACUCUUUCCUCAUGGCACCUCAUCAGCUUUUGAUAGCAAAUGUACAAAAGAACAGUGGCAGAUAUCCAAAGAGACAAAUGAUGGGCAUUAAAAGCAAAGGGGAAAAAUUAUAAUAAUAUUUCAACUUGCACGCUGCUUUCAGAGUAACAGAAGUGGCUGACAUCCAAAAAGACGGGGGUGAGGGAAGGGAGGGGAGAACCUCCAAGAUGCUGGAAGAAAAGGAACACAGGUGAUAAAAUUCCACACUUGAUUCACUCUAUUGUGGAAAACUAUAGCUUAUUUGCAGUAUUUGUACAUUUUGAUUAUUAGAUGACUUUGUACACAGAUUCCAUGUUCGCACCUGACGAAGGCUGAGUUUUAUGUGGCCGAAACGCGUUGGGCUUAUUUUUUCAAUAAAUUCAUUUGGAAUUUUAUCACCUGCGUUCCUUUUCUUCUGGCAUCUUGGGGAUUCUCUCCUCUCUUCCCUCAUCCCCGUGCUGCUUUCAGAACCAAGGGUCCCCUAAAGUAGCUCACAAUCAAACAGGAACAUACAACAGCAGCAUCAAAAUCCCAACGCAUUAAAACAAAGUAAAAUUCAGCAAUAGGCAAAAAACCUUGUGGUUGAAGAACGUACCUAUAGACCACA